AUGAGUUCUGCCAACAACCACAAAACCGUCGGUCUUCCCGCUGACAACACUCGACUCCAACAGCCCAGCGACGCCGUCCCCAUGGAGAACAUGGCCCAAGGAACCACGCCGGCCGAGGACCUAAAGCCGGCCGCCCGUGUCGAUGCCUCCAAGGAGUCUGAGAUUGUCGCCACUGAGCCACUGCCAGCAUCCAAGGCAAUCCCUACCGAUCCCGAGCAACGCAGCACAGAAAAUGAGGACAACACUGAGGCCGUGUCAAAGGGCAAGGAGAAAGAGGAAGUGGCCCCCGUGCCGCCUACUAAGGAGAGGAGCGAUUCCAUCAUGGCUAUUGGGCCUGCGCAGGACGAUAUUCAUACCACCCCUGGCCAGUCGGACGGUCCUGUCUGCAACAUCACCCUCCUGCUGACUUCGGGAAGCCGUCAUCCGUACAAGAUCGAUGCCAAGUAUCUCACCAGGAGAAAUGUUGCCAUGCCCGACGAGACAGAAUCUGGACAGCCAGACCCGUUUAGUAUCAGCAUCUACACCUUGAAGGAACUCAUUCUACGAGAGUGGAGAAGCGAUUGGGAGGCGAAGCCUGCUAGUCCCAGCAGCAUAAGACUGAUUCACUUCGGAAAGCUACUGGACGAUAAAGAACAGCUGAAGAAGUACCAAUUCAGCACAGAAAGCCCCAAUGUAGUGCAUAUGAGCAUUCGUCCUCAGGACCUGGACGAAGAAGAGCCCAAGUCGGGAAGCAAAAACCUUCCAGGCGGAAGCGGAGACGGACAGCGAUCCAGACCGGGUGGAAUGUGCUGCGUCAUCUUAUGA